AUGUCCACGAAACGUCGCCGCGGCCACGACCGCAAACGGAGGCAUGACGGCGCGGACUCCCACACCCGGCGUCGCCGCCGACGGACGAAAACGCCCGCGGUCCCCCCUCCCCGCCCUUCCCCUCGCGUUUUUUGCCACAUCUGCGUGCAAAACCACUGGACGGUGGAGUGCCCUCGUCUCCGUGCGCACCCGGAGGAUCACCCGUUGAUGGAUCGCAAGCGGGGCUGUUGGAAGUGUGCGCAGCGCGGCCACACCGCGGAGCAGUGCCCGAUGCGCAAGUUCCUCUGCCGCGAGUGUGGCGGCGUGCACGACACGAAGGAGUGCGCCUUUGACUACGUGGGGAAGGAGUGGCACGAGUUCUUCGACCCCGUCACCCGCCACCUCUUCUACACCAACGCCGAGGACACCGAGGCGCAGUGGCUCGCGCCGACGCAUGAGUUGGAUGUAGUGCUCUGGCUUUGCCCGCAUUGCCAGGUGAUGAUCCCGAGUAAGUAUCAGGAGUGCGUGCAAUGCCAUCGGGUGCGGCCGCAGUCCGCGCCGACGGACGACGAUGAGUCCUCUUCUUCCUCUGCCUCCGAUUCCUCCAGUGGGUUGGGGUCGGAUCGUGAUAACGGAGCCGUGAAUCGAGACAGCAGCUCUGAUUAUGAAACGUUCGAUUAA